AUGAAUCAUAGCAAUUCAAUAAAGUUGACGCCAGAAGAUGAUUACGUUUCUUUCAUGGUCUAUCUGCGAACCAACAAUGUCUGGAAAACAGUGAAUGAUGUGUUUAGGAUGUUAAACGAAACUAGAUCCGAUGAUCCGAUCGAGUUUUUCAGGGCGAAUGUAAAGAUCGAUAACAGCGACAACAGAACCAUUGAAGAAAUACAUCUAAAAAUCGCAGAGGCCGAAAAAAAUCUAAAGAUCCUAAGAUAUGAUAAAAUUAUGUUAACGGCUAAUUUGGAUUUGCUUGAUAAGACAAUACGUGUAAAUCGAAAACCAAAUUUGGGUGUUCGGAGCACCAUUGACCACGCGGAAAACGACAACGAAACGAUUUCCGAAACGUUACCUCAUUCAGAGCACGUUUUAUAG